AUGGUCCUCCCUCUUGAGCGUUUGAAUUUGGACGAUGCAUUUGCUUUUUUGUAUGAGAAGUCUGCUUAUGAACCAAUAACGCCUUUUAAAUUGGCGAUCUACAUCCUGAUUCGUAGCAUCACCUUUCACAGUAAAGAAGCAUCUUUAAAGCAGAGUCAUUUAACGAGAUUGGGCUUCUUAUUCUAUACAUUAAUUUCCUCAGUUCAUCUAAGUUUUCUGGAGUUUUGUAAGGCGAUUCAAGGGCCACUUAAUCGGAUUCAUCCUAACCUUUACCCCUCUUUUCUUGAAAGCCUGAAUGAGUACCGUGGAUCGAUCGAAAUUUUGAUUCAGAAAGAUGAUUUGAUCUUUCAGGCGCCUCCAAGGCGCCGUCGUUUAACCCAUUCAUUUCGUGACCGAGAGUAUCAUGGAUUUGUGACCAGCAGAAGUGUUUUAGGAGUAUUUAUUCGUAAGUUAGCCCUCGCUCGCGCGAGCCAGUCAGUGUCUGAAUUGAAAAGUUCGCAUGAGCGCUGGCUUCAGUGGCUCUCUGCAAAAAAGCCAUCUACUCGAGAAGACUUAUUCGGAAGUUACAAUUCCGUUUUUUCACUGAGUUAUAUUCGCAAAAGCAGUGCAUUUGAGCGUCGUUUUGUGCUAAGGACUGGUACAUUGCCUGUAGAUCCAGCAGACCUUCCUGAUGGGUAUUCACACUUUUCCGUUCUAAAAAUUAUUGGAAUUUGUUACGUUAAGGGGAUUGAGAGGUCAGCUGAUGAAGCGGCUACACUGACUCCUCGAAUGGAAGAUAUUCACUUAAGCUCUUCGUAUAUUAAAAACAGUUUUGAGACUGGAAAAGUUCAAGACGAAGCUCUCAUGUCAGUUACGAGUGCUACAAAAAGUGAGGAAGGAACUGAGUCAAACAGAGAUCGAAGUGUUUUCCGCUAUGAAAAUCCCGCGUGCGUCUGGUUUUCGGAACUGGGUGAUGUUGGAGGGGCUAAGCACCCGGUGGCAUUAGUUUCAAAGGAACUGUUGUCAUCAGCGCGGGCUCGUGCUUUUAUGGAGAAGCAAAUACAUCUUCUCCACGUAUCUCCUGAAGAGGCGAUGUCAUCUGAGCAAUUAAAGGCGGCCUGCACAUUCAUUCAACACAACUAUUGCGACCUUUCCCUGGUGGAACGUAAGGUAGUGCAGGGGAGUUUGUACAUAAGGUUAAAAGAAGUGCGGCAUCUACACGGGCAUCAGCACCUCAUUUUGAUGCUGAAUGCGAUAAGAAACAGGAACCCAGUAGAAGCAGAAGAGGCUCUACGGGCGUUUUUUGACUGGGGUGCUAUUCGAGUUAAUGGUAGAGACAAUAAUGGAGAAGUACGCCUCACUGCUUGUGAUGCCCGCCCGUUACGUUAUGCUCCUCUUCUCUUAGCUCGCCUUGCUCGACUUUUCAAUCAAAGUCAGCGUGCCCGUCAUCUAUUAACAGAAGCUAUUCAGCAUGCUCAUUCAAACCGUGAUUUAGUCUGUCUUCGUUUAGCGAUUGUUGAAGAGGCAGCUAUUGAGGCUGAAGAGGAUUUGAACGACCAAAUAAAGCAGACUCCCGAAACACCUUUUUCCCCUUCUCAGCUUCUUUCAAUGUGGACACUUCAGUCAGCCAGUUCAAACGAUGAUUUUGAACAGGAAAAUGAAAUGUAUGUUGACGAGGAGAAGGACGCUAAGGCGUUUAGCAAGCAGCUUCGCGAUUGUGCUGCUCUUCAAAACUGUAUUAUACUUUCUCAGAAAUGUAUAAAUCCAAAGCAGGUAGCAGAUGGCCUUCAGCUUUGCGCUGGUGCAGAUUAUGGUGGUGAUCGAUCUUCACAAACACGUCUAAUAAACGAAGCUGCCAGGGUAGUGGCAGCAAGUCUGAAGUUGGCUAAUGGUUUUACUGAGGCUGCCGUUACUGACAGUGAAGCACUGCUGCUUCACAAUUUUGGUGAUUCUUUUUGCCGCAAGUACAAUACGGAAGCACAUGUUAUUGCUUCGGUCAAUAUUAUUUAUGUUCAUGCAAUGAAUGGGAAAUUUGCUGCUGCAUUUGAUCUUCUUCAACAGUUGAAAUCGCAGUUUUCUCUGGAGCGAAAUCAGCAGUGUGCCCUUCACUGGAAAAAGUGUGAGUGUUUAAUUAGCUUCGAUCGUUCUUUUCUGUUGGGGAAUUGGGCUGAAGCAUUUAGAUGGCUAGAAGUUAUGGACUCGUUGGCUCCAGAAGAGGCAGACUUAAGGAAAUCUGUUCUCUAUUUUACUGUUGGAGAUUUACGUUCCGCAUUCAAUGUGAUAAGAACUCGUUUGAAAGCUAUUGAAAAGUCAAAGGAUUUACGCCUUAAACUACGUUAUGACAUGGUCAUAGCGAUGUUAUAUGCCUCUCACGGACGUGAACACGUUUCCCGGCGUAUUCUGGAAAAGUGUCUUGAAUUGGCUGAGUCACAUAAAGUUGACAAUAUGGCCGCUAUGAUAACGAGGAGGCUGGCAUAUGUAGAUAUGCUGGAGAGGAAGUAUGAUAAGGCACUGGAAAAGAUAUCGUGCUGUGAAUGGUUAAUCAAUACCCGGUGCAGUUUGCUGGAGAAGGCCCAUUUUGCGUUGACUGCUUAUAUGAUCAAUAAAGAACGGUGGAAAGCAACGAGAACUAGAGAAACCGACUCUUUGAGGUUGUCUUACUUAGCAGCAGCUAGAAGUCUUUAUCGUUGCGCGUCGGCACCUUUACUGGAAAAAACGGUUUUAAAAAUGGCGGCUUACGAAUAUAAUGAUCUCGGUCAAAUAGAUUCUCGCGAUGACUGUGCACUAAUACAUGCUGAAAUGGAUGAAAAGUACCCGGCGACGAUGAAAUGGGAAAUUCUGUGA